AUGACAAGCUCAGAGCGCGCUGCCUUUGUCGUUGCUGCUCUGAUAGAAACCAUUCUAUUUGUUGCUUCAAUUUUUGGACUAAUUGGCGCAAUUAUCAAGAAGCAACUUUUCACACAAAUAUACGCAUAUAUCGUUUAUGUUCACCUUUUUCUAAAUCUCGUCGCCGCUGCAUAUCUUACUUUUGAAGUGUCCCGAACGACAAGCAAUGCUAAGAACCUGGCAUGCCAAGUUGCCAUCAAAGAUCCUCAAGCACAAGAUCAAUGCACUGGCUUUCUCAAUUUCGCUGCAUGGGUGUACGCACUUAUAGCUAUCACCAUCAUCUUCGUGGAACUAUAUGGGGCAGUUAUUGUGACUCGAUAUCUCAACCAACUCAAGCGGGAAAAGCGUUCUGCACGCGCAAUGAGAAUGGACACAGAAAGCGCUUUCCAAUUAAAGAACCGUGGCACAACGGGCCAUCUUUAUACAAGGCUACCUGACCCUGCUCCCGAACAUGAGCUACCCCCGCUGCAGACAUACCGCCUUGAAUCUUCUGAUGUUGAAUUCAACCCAUAUAUAGAAACUAGUAUUCCCUCAAACUACCAACAAGGCAUUGCACCAAGCCUGGCGGAGGCAGAAUAUGGUUCUUGGAAUCGGGGUCAAAUUACUCAAGAAGCAAAGGAAUCCGCGAGGGAAGUAAAGGAUCCUAAUUCGUUGGUUUCAUUAUCCACCCAAGAACAAAACUUUACAACCCAAAAGAAACAAUGA